CAAGCUCAUCCAGCUCAGUCAAAGCCGCCACCCCCAAGAAACCAUUUAAAAUGAAAUUCCUCAUUGUGUUCGCCCUGAUCGCCUGCGCGGCCGCCGAUGUUAGCCACCUGACCAAGUACCUGCCCCCCAGCAAUGAGUAUCUGCCUCCUGUCCAGAAUACCUACUCUGCUCCCUCGGUGAGCUACUCUGCCCCCGUCCAGAGCUACUCCGCCCCCGUCCAGAGCUAUUCUGCUCCCUCGGUCAGCUACUCCGCCCCUGCUGUCCAGCAGACGUACUCCGCCCCUGCUGUCCAGCAGAGCUAUGUGGCUCCCAGCAACGAGUACCUGCCACCCGUCCAGCAGACCUACUCCGCCCCUGUGGCCCAGAGGACUUACUCGGCUCCAUCGGUUAGCUACUCCGCUCCCGUCCAGAGCUACUCUGCUCCUUCGGUCAGCUACUCCGCUCCUGUCCAGCAAUCGUACUCGGCUCCCUCUGUCAGCUACUCCGCUCCCGUCCAGAGCUACUCGGCUCCCAUCCAGCAAACCUAUGCUGCUCCCUCGGUGAGCUACUCUGCUCCCAUCCAGCAGACUUACUCCGCCCCCUCCGUGGAUGUGGGCACCCAGUACGCCUCCAACGGCGGCUAUGUCUACAGGAAGUAAGGGGUAUCAGCAACUGAUCCAGUGUAAAUAACAAGGAAACUGCCUUAAUGUUUUAAUAUAUUUUUUUUGUAUUGUAAACUUUGUAAACAACGAAAAGUA